CAAGCCUUCGCAGCGGGUAAACCUUCCACGCAUGCGCAUCUAGCCUCCGAGUAGUAAAUGGAGGCUACUUGAAAUGUCGCCUGGAAACUCUGUGACGAAUUGAAUGAAUAAGAUGAUAGUGCAUUCACUGUUUACCAUCUAGCUUUAGCUGCGUUUGUCUAGAGUUGUCAUCAUGGACGGUAGAGUUGAUGGUACCGAGGAAGUUGACACUGUGAGAUCCUCGUCUCCAACUGGAAUCCAGUCCCCUGUGAUGGACCGUAACCCAUCGCCACCCCCAGACACAUCCGAUGGAGAGGAAGCUUUGGACGCCAUUGGAGACACUGUUUACAGCAAGCACUGGCUGUUCAGCACCCUAACUCGUCUCAUUCAUAUGGUUGCGGAGCAUUCAGAGGUGGACUCUGAAGGUCAAAUGCAGCUCCCUGAUGAUGAUGAGGAAGACCUGUGUAGAGUCUGGGAUAUGGCUAUGGACAAGGAUGUGGCAGGUUUCCUGCAGGACUUCAAAGCUACAGAUAUCCUGCUUGGAGUGAUUGCUAAAUCUCGUUGUCCACGUCUCACAGAAAUUUGCGUGGGAAUCCUCGGGAACAUUGCUUGUUUUCCUGACACUUGUCUGACUCUUAGCCAAAAUGAAGACUUAGGUGCUGUGCUGUUGCUCCUUCUUGGAGACACAGAUCCUCCAACGCUGCUGGAAACAAGCAGACUGCUGCUGACCUGCGUCUCUCAGAAGGAUGUCUGUUCCCUGUGGCUUCAGCGAAUACGACAGCAGACGUCUGUGCGCUACAGCCUCUGUUUCAUCAUGUCCAGCUCUACCAACAUUGACCUGCUUGAGAAGGUUGGGGAGCUGGUUGACAAACUGUUUGACAUCGACGAAGAGCUGAUGAAGAGCUGGAUCACAGCUCAGCCGAGUGGUGUGGAGGAUGAUGGUGAAAGCCAUCUGAAUGUGGCCUCAUGUCUUCUCGAGGCAGCCAAACAGCUGAGAUCAGAGAGUCCGAAAGGCUUGGAGGUUUACCUUCAUGCCCUCCAACUCCUCACCACCAUAGAUGAGGGCAUUCAGACUUUCGCUGCUCCGGAUGGACCCGGCAAAGCAGUAUGGGACUUUGUUUGUGACGUUGUGUGUGAGGACCUCUGCCAGCCAAAUGAUCUUCCAGUCGUCCUGCAAGAACGGGAAAGCAUUUUGGUUCUGACAUUUGCUGUGCUGCAGGCUCUUUAUAGGUGCCAAGAUCAGUGGUGCAGCAAAAGUGAGACAAGUCUUCCUCUUAUUGGAACCAUUUUGCGAGUGAUCCAGUACCACAGUGAGGGCAAACAUGAUGGUACCGGAAAAGAAGACACCAAAGAUGAGCAGCUCCAGUCUUUAGUAGAGAUCACAGCUGAGUUUCUCGCUGACAUCUGCAUUCAUAUUCCCAAGGACACCGUAGCAGAUUUGGUGCAGAAAGGUUACCUUACAGAGAAGACUUUAAUUGCGGCUGCUGGCAGUUUAGUUCCCGACUUUAAGACUUCAUUUCAGCACCUGCAGUCCAUGUUGUCUGAGACUGAUCCCCAACUGGCAGACGCGUGGCCUCUUUUUCCCCCACCAGUCUGGCCCCAAGUCCUACUGUUUGGAUUUCCAUCGGAAAGACUGAAUGAGGAUGUCACACCAACAUGAGUGACUGACAGUGUAACAAAGACACUUUUUUUUAAAAUAAAUAAAUCAAAAAAAAAUUUUAGUCAAACUUAAGAGAAUUUUGUAAAAUUCAGUUGUGUUUAAUGUUUUUUUCUGUUGUGCUGUGAAUGCUAUUUUUGUAUUAAAUAAGUGACCGUCUUUUAUUAAAAAUACCUUUCCAAACA